GCAUUACGGACACAGUAUACAGUGGUUUGACGCCCCCAUCACCACCUAUUUGGCACUCGAACCCCUCCUUCAGCCAGCCCCUCCUCUCCAACUUCUAUUUUCCAGCAGCUCAGACCUUUUUUUUUUGCCGUAUCUUGGGCUUUCCAAUUUUUAGCCUUCCACCACCGCCAAAUUUCCAGACUUGUUCGGUUUUUUUUGUUUAAUCCUCCCUCCCCCUCUUUCUGGGAAAUCUCCUCCAACGUCAAUAUCGACUCAAUACUUCACGUCUACGACCAAGCCCCAGCCUUCUCCCCCGAUCCGUCAUCGCCCUAUAGCAUCAUAAGCGACCUACGGCCUCCAACUAACUGCCUGGUCAAGUUGAACACAGAAACAGCUUGCAAGCUCGCAAUUAAUAAACUAUUAUCGACAACCCAGGAGUACAUCCAUUUUAGCAGCGGCUAUCAUGGCGGGCAGCGAAGGUAACCAACCCAGCAAUGGCGGUGGCUUCGACUUACUGCGUCGAGCCACCCAGGCCAUGAUGUCAAAGCGAAAAACAACUUAUCGUUGUGGUUGCGAGACUUUCCGAUAUCAGCGCAACGCAUAUGCAAGGUGGCGAGAGCUUAGCACAAGCCAAGCAUAGUCUCUCUUCCGCUGAUUGUGCUUCUAGAAGGAUGCACACAGCCCUGACUCGUCCCAAAAAAACGGCGCCUCGCCUGUUCUUCAGCGUGGCUUUGCGACGUACAGUCCCGGCCAAAUCAGCACUGAUGACCACAGUCUGCUAUUUUUCAAGUUCUACUGAGUGCAGAAUCAUUAAAUUACCAGGCCCUGGUGUGUGUUAUCAUGCACCACACCCAGCCACACUUUUCAAAAAGUUGUUUGCAGCACCAAAGCUUGAGUACUCUACUGAGUAUCAAACGGCGACUGAAGAAAAAAAGCGUCUCCACAUGCGUCUUCGUCAGGCGGCACGGUGGUGCCGACAGAAAGCCUGCCCUCAAAAAAAAGACUUGGAGCAAUGAAAAACUUUGCAUAUGAGCAAAGGAGUUUCGUGGGCACUCGCUCAAUGAAGAUUUUUGGGCUCUGUUGGCAAUGAUGGCCAGGCUCUGAAUCGGACCAACGGCAGCGAAUUCCAUCCUUGCUUGUAAUCGGAAGCACGUCACAGGUUCCCAUUUGCCCUUGCCCACGGACAGGACCACAUCGCUCUGCUCUUCUUCGCAAGAAUCUCCGACUAUCCCCCGCCUCCCAAAGCCGCCGCGGUGACAGCGUCUCCCAGUCGCUGGUGCAUUGCGUUACUUUUUGCAGCGAUUGCAGGCCCAAAUCAUUUCAAUUCGCCUCAAAAUUUAAGGUGCUGCCCUGCAUACCUUGCCUGCACGACUAAGCCCCUCUAUACUCCGCUUGGCUGGUAGUCAAGAACUAGCGUUCCCACUAUCCACCUCAACGCAUUUCUUCCCCGCGUUGUCCCACAGCUGGGCAAAUUCUUCUCCCUCUCUUCUCCUCACAUCUUAUCCAUUUGUCCUCUCCCAUUGAGGAUAUUAAGCCUCCAUGAUGCAGGAAAUUAACCACAUCACCAGAACGGCCCCGCCUGACGACGAUAACAUCGAUCACAUCGGCACCGACACCCCAGGAUCUGGCAUCGCGACCCCUCAGCCAGACCCGCAUGAUAAACGACUCCCAGGCAUUAUGAGCUACUUUGGCCAGAGCGGCCCGCCGACCCCUACAAGAGCCCUAUCUGCUGCUCAAUCGUCACAGUCAGAGGGAAAAGAACCUCAGGCAGCGGCUAGCAACGACGGUGCCGAGAAGAGCGGCACUCAGACACCCCGAAGCGGAGGUGCCCAAGCUCCAGCUGCCAAGGGUAAACUGACAAUCAAAAUUGCCGAGGCUCGCGGCUUGAGAAAGUGCAGAGACCCUUAUGUUGUUGCUGUUUUCCAACGCAGUGAACUCAUUUCUGGUGGUCCCCGACCAUCUGAAGAUGAUGAAAACCUCAGCGCGACCCCUACUGCCACUGGUAGCAUUGCAAUCCAAAGACAAGCCAGCGAUUCCGGAAGACCCAUGGCAAUUCCCAUGCGCAGUCGCCAAAGCAGCAAUACCAGUAUUUCUGAUUACAACACGUUUCGUAAUCGAUCGGUAAAUAAGCUAUUCACCAACCCCAAAUGGGAUGCUGAAGCAGUCUUCGAUGUUGUGGACUCCAAUUUCCUCGUCGAUAUUUCCGUAUAUGACCAUAGUGCUACAGGCGAAGAAUUCUUGGGUCACGUAAAUAUUCAGGCUCCCAAGGACAGAGAAUUGCCUGUUCGAGGCUGGUUUCCGCUACAAGGCCAUGCCAAUACCGUCGCUGAAAAUGCGCCAACUGGUGACAUUUAUGUCGAGGCGCUCUACCAAAGAACAGAAAAGAAACACUUUGGUCCAACGGAUUUUGAGAUUUUGAGGCUCAUAGGCAAGGGUACCUUUGGCCAAGUGUACCAGGUUCGCAAGAAGGAUACCCAACGUAUCUACGCAAUGAAGGUUCUCCAAAAGAAGGUCAUUGUGCAGAAGAAGGAAGUCGCACAUACUGUUGGCGAAAGAAAUAUUCUCGUUCGAACGGCUACUACUGAUUCUCCAUUCAUUGUCGGUCUCAAAUUUUCCUUCCAAACACCAUCCGAAUUAUAUCUCGUCACAGACUACAUGUCAGGAGGUGAACUUUUCUGGCAUCUCCAAAAGGAAGGUCGCUUUGAUGAGCGACGAGCCAAGUUCUACAUUGCUGAACUUAUACUCGCCAUUCAGCACCUUCACAACAAUGACAUUGUUUACCGUGACCUCAAGCCUGAAAAUAUUCUCUUGGAUGCGAACGGUCAUAUUGCUCUUUGCGAUUUUGGUCUUUCAAAGGCUAACCUUACCAAGAAUGAUACUACCAACACGUUUUGCGGUACAACAGAAUAUCUGGCUCCUGAAGUUCUGCUUGAUGAGUCUGGUUAUACCAAGAUGGUAGACUUUUGGUCUCUGGGUGUUUUGGUAUUCGAAAUGUGCUGUGGAUGGAGUCCGUUUUAUGCUGAGGAUACACAGCAAAUGUACAAGAACAUCGCAUUCGGCAAAGUCCGUUUCCCAAGAGACACUUUGUCACAAGAGGGUCGCAAUUUUGUCAAGGGCUUGCUGAACAGAAACCCCAAACAUAGACUCGGCGCCAUCGAUGAUGCUGAAGAAUUGAAGCGUCACCCGUUCUUCGAUGACAUUGACUGGAACCUUCUUGCCCAAAAGCGAAUCACGCCUCCUUUUAAACCCAAGUUAAAGUCGGAGACUGAUGUCUCCUACUUUGACCCGGAGUUUACAACAGCGAUGGAGCAGAACGGGUCUUUAAAUGAGAGAGCCGCCGCUUUGGCUCAAGGUUACGCUGCAUCCACCCCUCUUUCUCCAUCUGUGCAAGCAAACUUCCAGGGCUUCACAUUUGUAGACGAGAGUGCCCUAGACGACCAUAUGCGUGAUCGUUUCCAUGGUGAUGACGAAGACAUGGAUGAUGGUCAUCACCAUCGUUCUGGCGGGAAUGACGACGAUUGGGACAAUCUAGAUGACCUAAACUUGCGAAAUGCUAAUCGCAUGAGUGGCAUUGUGAAGACAUCGUCACAUGACGAACAAAUGGUCGGAGGUAGCCACUUUGACGUAUAAUCUAGUGAUCCAGUCUUUCAUUUCCUUUGAGUACAGGGUGUGAGGCGUUGUUGGGAAGCAUGGGAGGGUUUGUUUUCAUUUGAUGCGCGUCAUCUUUAUUUUUUGGUUUUACACACACAAACACACAUAUAUAUAUGCUAAAUGUCGCAACGGCUGGAAAUUACAAUAAAGAAACAUGAUAUGGAAGCAGAUUCACAGGCUGUGUUCGUACCUGCUGCCUUGUGUAGCAGAAAAGGCGCUUGGAUGGUGCUCAGGAAAAUUGCGGAAGCGUUUGGGGAAAUGGUCCUUCUUUCAUUCAUUGCAUCCUGCUCUAUUUGUAUAGAGCUCUUUGUUUCUUCUCUAAAUAAGCAUGUAGUCCUCCCAUAUUUCAAUUAAUGAAAUUUCUCUCUGUUGACUCAAGAUGUCAACCUUCUCAGCAGAGGGCUCUGGAUUUGUUUCGCUUCUAGUGCAUGUUGCGACGCCUCUGAUCGAUAAUUAACAGAGCUUCGUGACUUGGCACACUCGACAGAUAUGUCCAGUGGACGAGCACGAUGGCCAUAGUCUUAUUACAGAUCUGCUAUACGAGCAAAGCAACUAAUCUAUGCCUUUCUACGAGUUGCACCAGUGUUUUGCAUGAAUGCAUGUGUGAAUAUUGUGUAUUCGCAAUAGAGUUGCGGACAAAGAAAAUGAAAAUAGUAAACAACUAACGAAUAAUUCCUACACCCAAUUCGAGGUUGCGUCUUGGAGGAAAAAAUGUACAACAAAGAAUACAGCUUUGUGGCUCAAGUGCCAACAAAGUAGACCCUUUAAUAAUUCUCUUUCCGCUUCUUUUCCUAUCAACGUCCAGAGGUCCGGUCUGAGAAGUACGCCGUGGGCUUUGUCCCAAUCUCUGCUAUGAAGUGGGAGCACAGAGGCGUUCAAAUAUCUCUUUCCACCCUUCGGUUAUGAUGUCGUAUAAUAGCCCUCGCUGGAGAGCUGGAUGCCGUUUCGAAACCAUCAGCUUUUCCAGAGCGUACCUUAUGCUUUCGCUUCCCCCUCGUAUUCCCAACUGGGACCCAAUCACAAUCAUACCCCUCCUCUAUAUUAGCCCAUGCUAGGCAAGGGCGAGUUUCGGGGUAUAUUUUAGUGCUUGGCGGACUCUUCCUCCUCGGCCUCGAGCCAGUCAGGGAGAGCAGCAGAUCCGGAUUGGGCGGCGUUGGCAUCCUGGCCUUCGAUCUCAACAGCCAUAGACUCGUACUCCUUCAGGUUGCUGGCGAGGUCAGCCUCUUCGGGAGACUUGGGGGUCUGGGGGAGGGUGAAGGUUUGAACCUGGCCUUCGGCGUCGGAAGCCUUAACGGCAGGCAUUUUGUAGGCCUUAAGCUCCUUGAGGUAGAGCUCCUGGACGAAGUCGGCUAAGGCAAGAGAUGGUUAGCACAAGAACGGACCACAGCUGCGAGAUGUCACGCAAUGGAUGGCUGCUGCAACGAUUCGGCGGGCUGAGAAACUUCAGACAGCUCUCUACGGAUUGCGUAGUGGCAAUUUGAACGAGGUUGCUUAUGUCGGAUCGAAAUGAGUGGUCGGGGCGUUUCAAUGUGCAGCGUCAGAAGUGCGGAGUCGUCGGUAGGCCUGCCAGCCAUCUUUUUGUCACGCAUCGUUUGCAGCGUUUAAUCUUGUCGGGCGGCGCCAUCCAUAGCAAGUGAAGAUGAAAUAGCAUCUCGAUAUAUUUUAGAAGGCACUUACCUCUGCGGGAGACCGUGGGGGCAAUGAAGCCACGGGUCUGGCGAGAGAAGGCGGCGACGACCGAGCGGGCGCGCUAUUAUCAUAAACUGGAUUAGCACGCCGAGAGCCAUUUUUGGAAUCGUGAGGACGUAGCACACCGCAGUGCGCUUGCAAAGAAUGCAAAAUAAAGGAAUUGGGCUUACCGUGGCUCUGGACAAUUGGCUGAGCAUUGUGAAUGUGUAGGUGUUGCUCAAUGGGAACCCGUUGGUUUGGAGAUGAGAUGCACUGAGG